AUGGCACUCCAAAUAAGCCACAAUCAAAUCUACUUAUUUCAAAUUCAGAUUUAUCUUUUACUCAAUAGCAAUUAUGGCUCAGCACUCUCAACAAUUCUAUCCAACUCAAAAAAGGAUAUAAAAAAAUUUGUAGUAGAUGAAGGUCAAGGAGUUAAGGGUCUUUCUGAUAUAGGUCUUCAAACAUUACCUAAGCAAUAUAUUCAACCUCCUCAAGAACAGAUCUCUACCAGCACUAUACUAACUGAGGAGUCCAUUCCUGACAUUGACAUGUCGAAUUCGAAUGAACAAAUGGUAGCAGACAUGAUAUGCAAUGCAGCAGAGAAAUGGGGCUUCUUGAAGGAAUGA